AUGGCAACUCAAGCACAACCACGUAUUCCUCAAUUCAAGGACCUGCCUGUUGAUGCGUCUCAUCCACCUCAUUCCGCGUGGAUAUGGGGCCCUGACGACCAGCUCGGAACUUUGAACUUCUUGACCAAGUCGGCUGUGUUACAAGGCGCGAGUGAAAUGAAGAUCGGCGAAAGAAUUGGUCUUGAUUGGUCUCUGAACCUGUCCAAUGUGCCCGCAGACUUUCGUCAGGGGCUCAAGCAUGAGAUAUUUCAGAUUGGUCCCAACGUCAAUGACGACGUUCUGGAACUCAACACACAGUCCAGCAGUCAAUGGGACGGGUUUCGCCACUGGGCUUUCUCGGAUGGCAGGCAUUACAAUGGACUGGAGCAGAGUGAACUAGAGCGUGGGGGAAGUACUCGUAAUGGCAUUCACGAGUGGUGCAGAAAGGGCAUUGUCGGAAGAGGUGUGCUCAUCGACUUUGUGGAAUACGCAAAUUUACAUGACAUCGAAUAUGAUGCUACGGCACACUAUGCGAUAACCUUGGAGCAAAUCAAGGAGAUUGCACAAGAAUGUGAUAUACAGUUCCACCAUGGGGAUAUCUUGAUCAUCCGCACAGGUUACACGGAGAGCCUGGGAAGCAUGUCAGAGUCAGACCUGACUGCGGUCAAGGAACGUAGCUCGCCCUGGGCUGCAAGCUAUCCGGGAGUGGAAAAUACGCUUGAAAUGUUGGGGUGGCUAUGGGACAAUCGUUUCGCAGCGGUAGCUGGUGACGCACCUGGGUUCGAGGCUUUUCCUCCUACCAAGUUCAGGAUGCAUGAAACUCUACUCUCAGGAUUCGGUAUGCCGAUUGGUGAACUGCUCUAUCUUCCGAUGUUGGCAAAGGUGUGCCAGAGGGAGAGGCGGUGGACUUUCUUCUUCACGAGCCAGCCUUUGAACGUUGUUGGAACUGUGGCGAGUCCGCCAAAUGCUCUGGCUAUUCUCUAG